CCGCCCGACCUCUGGCUCGUCGUCGCCGACGACCUGGGCUACAACGAGGUGAACUUCAUGAACGCCACGCGCGGCAUCGAGACGCCGUUCCUCGACGCGUUGGCCGCCGAUGGCGUCGUGCUCACGCAGUACUACGUCGCGCCCAUCUGCAGCCCGACGCGCAGCUCGCUCAUGACGGGCAAGUACACCGCGCGCCUCGGCACGCAGUCCAACGUCAUCUACUGGGACACGCCGUGGUCCGUGCCGCUCGAGCACGCGUUCGUCUCCGAGCGUUUGCAGGCCGCGGGCUACGACACGGCGCUCUUCGGCAAG